UACUACCUCAACUUUAAUUUAGCAAAGAUUUUUACGGUAAGAUGACUGCUUGCCAUCUAGUUACACUAAACAAUUUAGGAUGUAUCCAUGGUGAAGUUAUGUUGCCAUGGUAGCGGUAUAAACAGUAGUUUGUGUACUGGUCGUUUCUGUAAUUUUUCAUCAGAAAAUAUGGAAAUAGAAAGUGAUUUAGAGGAAAAUAUUCCCUCAGACAUUUUAGAAGAAGCUAAUCAGGCAUCGCUUGAUCUACUGCCUGCAAAAUCUAGGGACAGAUACGAAAAAGAAUAUAAUGCUUUCAAAAAUUGGAUAAUGGGGAGAAAAGUCAAGAAAAUUGCUGAAGAGGUAAUCAUUCUAAAACGCUUAAACCAUCGACGAUGUGGAGUAAAUAUUCAAUGUUACGUACCACAUUACUUAUAAACGACAACGUUGACAUUAAGUAUGCAAAAGUCAUAGCUUUGCUUAAACGUCAAGGAAAUGGGUAUAAACCAAAGAAAGCUAAAAUUUUCUGUAGGAAUGACCUAAACAGAUUUCUUUCGGAGGCGGCCGAUGACUAUUACUUGCAAAUGAAGGUUGCUUUAAUUAUUGGACUUUCCGGAGCUUGCCGUUGCGAUGAGCUAAUUAAAUUGACAUUGCAUGAUAUUCGGGAUAAUGGAGACAUAUUAGUUGUGAAAAUACCCGAUAGCAAAACAAAAAUGCAAAGAACAUUUGUAAUCACUAACGAAACCAUUAAUGGAACAAGUGUACAUGGAAUUUAUAGAAAAUAUGUUUCAUUACGCUCUGUUAAAACUGAACAUACAAGAUUUUUUGUUAAUUACAUAAAAGGGAAGCGCACCAUCCAAGUCAUAGGGAAAAAUACAAUUGCCAAAAUACCAUAUAAAAUUGCAAGUACCUCGAGCUACCAGAUGCAGAAGGUUACACUGGGCAUAGUUUUCGGCGCACCUCCGCGUCUUUGUUGGUUGAUGCUGGAGGAGAUUUAUUGAGUUUAAAGAGACACGGAGGAUGGCGCUCUACCAACGUAGCCGAGGGCUAUUUAGAAGAAUCAAUCGUAAAAAAAGUAAAGUUUCUAACCAAAUUAUAUGCGGAAUGCCCUCCACAAAGGUUUCUGGAGAACAUCAAAUGAACUCUACAAACAUUGAAAGUACAGGUUUCAAUGUUAAUCAAUCUUCCUCACCUUUUUCUGGUAACAUUACUUUCAACAAUGUUAGUAAUUGCACCUUUAAUUUCGGUUCUUCUACUAGCACUGAGAAUAACAAGUACAUUAAAUAAAGUUAGUUGUAAUUGAAGGGUAUUUUGUUUACUUAUAAGCUUAGGUACGUUAUAUGGAGUUGAGGGAGGAAACACUUUUUUCCUCCCUUAGGGAGGAAAAGUGCAGCUUUCGACCCUCAAAAUGGGGCGAGAAAUGAUAUUUUCUAAAGAGGUAGUAGGAAAAAUAUUUAGUUGCAUCGAUUUUCUAAAAUUUUGUACUGUCGGAUAUGGAUUGUAUCCCCCACGAUGACGAGCAACAGAAAAAAAUUUUCGAGAAGAUCUUGAUUUAAGAAGCCCGUUCCCAAUAUAUAAUAAUAGAUUUUUAAAUCUUCAGAUCUCAAAUCUUCCCACAAUAAUAAAAUUGCGUUAAUUCUCAUUCCAAACCCAUCAAUACAAUAAAUGUUAUGUCUUCUCUUUAUACUCGUAUAUCUUCAAACAUGUCCU